UGCCCUAACCACCCCGUGCACAGUGCCACUCUCAUCACUGACAAAUCCAUUGCUAUUUAUUUAUAUAUAUUAAACCCAGUGGUAGGAUCGGUCGAUCGCCAUUUGGACUAAUUGCAUCUUGAUAUCAUAUCAUAUAAUAUCAUUGGCAUUCAGUGGAAGCUCUAGCAAGAUCGAACACUGCAGGGAAGAAGAAGGUAUGGGUAGUAUGGAGGAGAGUCGUCAGGUGCAUCGUUCUUCGGCGGGGUGGAUGGCCGUCGACGGCGAGGCGCUGCGGCACCCGACGGCGGGGAGGAAGAAGGGCGGGUGGGUAACGUUCCCUUUCAUGGCGGUGACGAUGGCCGGGCUAGGGCUGGCGACGGCCGGCGCGACGGGGAACCUGGUGGUGUACCUGGUGAAGGAGUACCACGUGCCCAGCGUUGACGCGGCGCAGAUCUCCACCGUCGUGCUGGGAUGCCUCAGCGUCGCGCCGGUCGCCGGCGCCAUCGUCGCCGACGCCUUCUUCGGGUGCUACCCCGUCGUCGCCGUCGCCAUGGCCUUCUCCGUCCUGGCGUUGCUGGUGUUCACGCUGACGGCGAGCGUGCCGGGCCUCCGGCCGCCGGCGUGCACGCCGGGCCCGGGACUGCCUCCGUGCGAGGCGGCGACGGCGGGGCAGAUGGCGGCGCUGUACGCCGGGGUGCUCCUGCUGUGCGUCAGCGCGGCGGGGGCGCGGUUCAACCUGGCGACCAUGGGCGCGGACCAGUUCGAGUCCCCCGCCGACCGCGACGUCUUCUUCAACUGGUACUUCAUCUUCCUCUACGGCUCCUCCGUGCUCGGCUCCACCGUCCUCGUCUACGUCGAGGACUCCGUGUCCUGGCAGCUCGGCUUCGGCCUCGCCGGCGUCGCCAGCGCCGUCGCCCUCGCCGCGCUGCUCCUCGGUGCGCGCUACUACCGCCGGCCGGCCGCGCAGGGCAGCCCGUUCACGGGGAUCGCCAGGGUGAUCAUCGCCGCCGCCAGGAAGAGGAAGGUCAACGUGGCGGCGUCGGGGGAGUUGAAGUUUUACCACGGCCGACGCAUGGCAAGCGAGGACGACGACAAUUUUCCUCCAAGCAACAGCUUUAGGUUCCUGAACCGCGCGGCGGUAAUCCCCGACGGCGACGUGAACCCGGCGGACGGCGAGGCGGCACGGCCAUGGCGGGUGUGCACGGUGCAGCAGGUGGAGGACCUGAAGGCGGUGCUGCGCAUCCUGCCGCUGUGGAGCUCCUCCAUCAUCCUCAGCGUCUCCAUCGGCGUGCAGAUCAACUUCAGCGUCCUGGAGGCGCUCGUCAUGGACCGCGCCCUCGGCCGCUUCACCGUGCCGGCGGCCUCCUUCUUCGUCUCCUCCCUCUUCGCCGUCGUCGUCUUCCUCGGCCUCAUCGACCGCGCCAUCCUCCCGCUCUGGCGGCGCCUCACCGGGGGACACGUCCCGACGCCGCUGCAGCGGAUCGGCGCGGGCCACGCGCUCACCGUGGUCAGCAUGGCCGCGUCCGCCGCCGUCGAGCGCGCCCGCCUCGCCACCGUGCGCGCCCACGGCGAGGAAGGGAACCCGGUGUGGGCGUCGCCGCUGCCGGCGAUGUGGCUGGUCCUGCCGCUGGCGCUGGCCGGCGCCGGCGAGGCGUUCCACUUCCCCGGUCAGGUCACCCUCUACUACCAGGAGUUCCCGCCGUCGCUGAAGAACACGGCCACCGGCAUGGUCGCCAUGAUCAUCGCGCUCGGGUUCUACCUGAGCACGGCGCUCGUCGACGUCGUCCGGAGCGCCACCGCGUGGCUGCCGGACAACAUGAACGCCUCCAGGCUGGAGAACCUCUACUGGCUGCUCGCCGUGCUCGUCGCCGUCAACUUCGCCUACUACCUCACCUGUGCAAAGCUCUACAAGUACCAGAACGCCGGCAAGUGAGAUGCAUCCAUACUUCUUGCAGUGAACACAUCACAUAUGCUUCUUGCAUCUUGACCUGCACAUCACAAUUGAAUAAACUGCUGCCAUGGUGAUCACAGAGUGUACUUUCCAUCUUCUUCCUCGAUAACAACUGUGGUAAUUUGCAAAGGGAAAAAGAAAAGCUCUUGUUCUGAACAAUCUGAAACAUUUGGUAGAAUUGCACUGGAAUUUCCAUGUCACAGACACAGGA